UUGUUGCAAAAAGAGGGAAAAAUUGGCAUAAUUUUGUUACCCAUUUAAAAACGUUAGAAAAUAAUUACAAUUUAAAAAGCCCAAAACUAGUAGUAAUAUACAAACAUACAUACUGCUCCAAAGUUACAAUAUAAUAAAUGAAAUGUCUAAUGAAGUCGAAAUUAUUGAGAACGAAAGUCCAAUUAUUGAGAUAAGCGAUGACGAGGACAGUACGUUCCCACGACAAUUGGAUCUCCGUUCCGGAACGACCCGAAUCAUAUUCGGCCAAAGAUUGUCAACUCAGCGACAGCUGUACAAACCGAAAGUUUUUUCCCCAGGAAAGAACAAUCGGUCACAGUCGAACUGUUACAACAACAACAACAACAACAGUACGGAUAUUAUAGUCUUAAAUUCCGAUGAAGAAGAGUCGUCUGAAGAUAAAGCUUAUAUUUGCAUUGCACUGAAAGAAGAACAGGAAGUUCAUUCGACGAAAAAACAUAAAAGGAGAUUUCAAGCGUGUAGACGAAAUACACUAAAUGCACAAACUACUGACAGUGGGCAAGUUAACAAAGUGGCAAAGUCAUCAAUUAUAAUUGAUAAUUCGAAUGAAAUACGUAAUUCAGCUGCGCUGGAAAAUUAUUCAAAUGAAUCCAAUAAUAGUGGAAACCAUAAUAUUAAUGAAAACUACGCUCCGAUAAGCGAUUGCGAGGACAGUGCGGAUGUUAUAGUCAUAAAUUCCGUGGAAGAAGAGGCGUCCGAAGAUGAUAAAGCUAAUAUUUGUAUUAAACUGAAUGAUGAACAAGAAGAAGUUCAUAUGGAUGGGUUUACAAAUUCAGUAAAUAAUGACGCUAAUUUGGACGAUACAAUUACGGAUUUAAUAAAUCAUUUAGAUUCUAAUUGUACUAAUACUCAUAUCAUUGAAUCAAGUUUGGCAGAUAAAGCUACGUCUUCUGUAAAUAAUUUGGAAUCAAAUAUACGUAAUACAAAUUCCACGAAAAAGCGUAAAAGGCGCAGAAGGCGAUUUCGAGCGUGUAGACGAAAUACUGCAAAAACUUCACAAUAUACUGACAUUGGACAUGUACCAGUUAACAAAGUGUCAAAGUCAUCCAUUAUAAUUGAGAAUACGAAUGAAGUACAUAAUUCAGCUGUGCUGGAAAAUUAUUCAAAUGGCUCCAAUAAUAAUGUACACCAUAAUAAUGAAAACUACACCACGAUUGUAAACGAGCUCUCAAACUGUAGCUCAAGUAUAGGGCCCGAUUUUACUGAAAGCGCUACAAACCGUUCAAAGAAUUAUGAUUUUUCAAAAUUAAAAUGGCUAAAACCUUUAAACAAUCUCUCAAGUCCAGCUCAUUUGCAAAUUGUUAUAAUCGAUCGCAAUCAUCCAAAUUGGAGUAUAACAAAUGAUAAAUGGCUCAUGAUCGAAAAGCGUUUACUGGAAGCUCUUAACAGUGAAAUGUUACGGACUAAUGAUACCAACAUCGGUCUAUUUGAUGGUGCAAAAUGGCAUAGAGGCAUCAAAAUUGUGGGAUGCCAUAAUAAAAAUGCCUUUAAUUUUAUCACAAAAUUUAUACUAGAACUGGAUAAGUUAUGGUGUGGAGCUAAACUAGAUGUUUUCCCCAUAACUUAUAUUACCCGUCAUGUAGUAAAAGUUUAUAUACCUCCUCCAACAGUAAAAACUGAAAUUGUACUAUCCUUAAUCCAAUUACAAAAUCCUUCAAUCCACGGUGAAGACUUGAAAGUUCUCAGAGAAUGCGAAAGAACAAAUAACGAUGGUGUAGACAUUUGGUUUAGUGUAAAUGAUGAAACAUUUACAAACUUGUGCACACUAAGAGGUGAAAUUAAAUAUGGUAUAAAUCGUAUUUUUUUUAAACCUUCACAGUGAUUAAAAUUAUAAUUAAAAUUUUUUUUAUAUUCUGUUAAUUAAAAUUAUACUUCUAACACUAAAGUUUUUUAGUUAACGAAUUUAUUUUGUAUACACUUAUAAAUAUGUACGUACGUACACAAAAAAUAUAUUUAAGUCAUUAUGUCUAUGUUUCAGAUCUAUAUACCUAGGUAUAGUUUUUAUAAAAAAUCUGAAUCACGGCGUAUUAAAUAAACCUUGAUCUGAAUAUUUCUGGAACAGAGCAAUUAAAAAUACUCACCCUUAUCGUGGUCGGCGUAAACGUCUUACGCCUACGACUGUUUCGUACUAGAUUAAAGAUAAAAUGCAAAUUGUUUCUUUAACCUAGUACGAAAAUGUCGUAGGCGUAUGACGUUUACGCCAACUACGGUAAGGGUGAAUAUAUGAACAUUUUAUGAAAUUGUAUAGUUAUUUUUUUCACUUUUAUUUUUUAAGUUGUAAAGCUUUAAGACAGAGUAACAUCUCUAUGCUUUAAGCUACGAUUAAAUUGUUACGACACGUUUUAUUUUGAUUUUCAUCAUGGAUUUAUGUUGUAGGUACAUACAUACAUAUGAAAUAUGAUGAUAAUUUUUAUUUGUUUAAAUUUAUUCUACCUACCUAUAUGUAAUGUAUAAAAUAAAAUAAAACAAAUCAUUUCUUAAUAGGUACAAAUAAAUAAAGAAUGUGUUAUUAAAGGUAUUUAUAGACGGCA